AUGGAUUCAAGUAACCCUACACCUAUUACACCUACUACACCUACUACAUCAUUCGUAAAGCAGUCUCCCUCUUUUUCAUACGGAGCUUCACCACCUUUAGAUCCUACCAUAUCACAUAUCAUUUCGGGAAUCAUCAGUGACUUGAAGUUUCUUAACCAGCAACAGCAUCUUUCAGACCUUGUUCUUGAAGAAAUACUUGAAAAACUACCAAAACUUGUUAUAUAUACUCACUCACAAACUAUACUUCCACCACGCAUUUCCCCUGUACCUCAAAUGGGAUCACCGGCUCCUUCUGUACACUCUGAACAAUCAAAAGUAAAUUCAAAGCCUAUACCCUCUGAAGAAGAAAACAAUUCUAUACAAAUGUCACAAGGACAUAGUGAAAUACAAUAUCCACUCGACCAGAAUAUUAUAGACGCUCAACCACCUUCGCCUAUACGCGAUGAACAAGAGUAUAAACCGGAAAUUCCUUACAAAGAUAAUUUCUUCCAACCUACCGCGAUUCCCGAAACCUCUUCUAGAAGUUCAACUCCAAGACAUUCCAUGUCACGAGGGCCUCUACCACAUCCUCCAAAUUCGAUAAAUAAUACUCCUCUACAACACCCUACGCCACCUAAUUUUAUUAGUAAACAACAAGAAGCUGAAUAUUUUAGGACUCCAAAAAUACAUGAUAUGUUACCUGCAUAUAGUCCUCAAGUUGUUGAAGCUCUAUGGGAUUUCGCUGGAGCUGAUGCUGGUGAUUUGAGCUUCAAAAAGGGUGAUCUCAUAGAAGUGACUGAACAUGUUAAUGAUGAUUGGUGGCGUGGUCAUAUUAAAGGUAAAACUGUGAUUGGUAUAUUCCCUAGAGUAUACACUAAGAGCAUAUCAACCCCGUCUGAAAGAUUGGCGAAAAAUCCCAAUGGACAUCAACGUAGAACUUCAACGACUUCAACGACUUCAAUUUCUUCUCGUCCUUUUCAGCAAAAUACUCUACCACCUAGUCGUGCUCAACAAUUAUCACAUGUUCCUGUACUAUUACAGCCUCAGCAGCCUCCAAAUCGCCAGCCUACUUCUCAAUCAAAUUUUGCUUCCCCGCAACCUUAUAUUACUCAAUCACCACCUACGUCUCAAUCAAAUUAUGCUUCACCGCAACCUUAUAUUACUCAAGCCCCACCUACGUCUCAAUCAAAUUAUGCUUCACUGCAAUCUUAUAUUACUCAAGCCCCGCCUACGUCUCAAUCAAAUUAUGCUUCACCGCAACCUUAUAUUACUCAAGCCCCACCUACGUCUCAACCAAAUUCUACUUAUUAUCCUUUACAAACUCAACAAUAUUAUAAUCAACCAACCCAUUCUG